GCAAUUCAUAUGUCGGAAGCGAUUAAACGUGGUGCCGAUCAUCACACGACUAAUCUACAUACAUAUGAGAAACCUGGCCAUCUUCACCAUCAAUUAAUGGAUUCUAAGCAUCAUAGCCAUCUCCAUACACACCAUUCCAUGCAUGGAGACGACGACUAUGAUGAUGAUGAUGAUGAUUAUGAUAAUGAUGAUGACGACGACGAUGAUGAGGUUGAUGGCAGUAAGGGUGCAUCUAUAGGGUUAGGCAGCCUUUUCAAGUACUCAUCAAAGAUGGAUUUGGUCCUAAUUUUUUUCGGGUGCGUCGGAGCUCUCAUAAAUGGUGGGUCACUGCCGUUCUACUCGUUCUUUUUUGGUCAAUUUGUGAACAAACUCGCUGCAGAUUCACAAAACAACAAGAGCCAGAUCAUGAAGGAUGUUAAUGAAAUAUGUGUGCAGAUGUCUGGACUGGCGGUCGUCGUGGUCAUUGGGGCAUAUUUAGAGAUAACAUGCUGGAGGUUGGUGGGGGAGAGAUCAGCUCAGACAAUAAGGAGGGAAUAUUUGCGUGCUGUUUUGAGGCAAGACAUGGGCUUCUUUGAUGCUGAUGUGAAUACUGGGGAUAUAAUGCAUGGCAUAUCAAGCGAUGUUGCCCACAUACAAGAAGUCAUGGGUGAAAAGAUGGCUCACUUCAUGCACCAUGUAUUCACGUUCUUGACGGGGUAUGGGGUGGGGUUUUAUCGGUCGUGGAAGAUCGCAUUGGUUGUACUCGCAGUCACUCCAUUAAUGAUGCUCUGUGGGAUCCUCUACAAGGCUCUCUACGUUGGCUUAACAGCAAAGGAAGAGGUUUCAUACCGAAAAGCGGGUAGUAUCGCAGAGCAAGCAAUUAGGUCUGUGAGAACAGUGUUCUCCUUUGUUGCGGAGGAGCAUUUGGCAUCAAAGUACGCAGAGUUACUGGACAAAUCAGUGCCUUUUGGAGUGAAGAUUGGAUUUGCGAAGGGAGCGGGCAUGGGGGUUAUUUACUGGGUCACUUAUGCUACUUGGGCUUUGGCCUUUUGGUAUGGAUCCAUUUUGGUUGCCAAAGGAGAAAUUGAUGGUGGGGCUGCCAUCGCUUGCUUCUUUGGGGUUAAUGUGGGUGGCAGGGGAUUGGCCUUAUCGCUCUCUUAUUUCGCACAAUUUGCACAAGGAACGGUCGCAGCUGCAAGGGUUUUUGGGAUCAUUGAUAGAGUGCCUGAGAUUGAUCCCUAUGACUCACAAGGAAGGAUUCUAUCAACAUUAAGAGGAAAGAUUGAAUUUCGAAAUGUUAGUUUUGCAUAUCCAUCCAGAUUAAACAUACCAAUUCUCCGUUCUCUGAAUUUGGUGGUCCCUGCGUCUAAGACUAUUGCUAUAGUUGGUGCUAGUGGAAGUGGAAAGUCCACCCUUUUUGCUCUCAUAGAGAGGUUCUAUGAUCCAAACAAGGGAGAAAUUCUCUUGGAUGGAGAAGACUUGAGGAGACUUCAGUUGAAGUGGUUAAGGAACCAGAUAGGAAUGGUGGGGCAGGAGCCUGUCUUGUUUGCCACCACCAUUAUGGAAAACAUAUUAUUGGGGAAAGAAGGCGCCUCAAGAAAGGAGGCUGUGACCGCUUGCAUUGGAUCUAAUGCACACACUUUCAUCACUCAACUCCCCCAUGGUUAUGAUACUCAGGUGGGAGAAAGGGGAACCCAACUUUCAGGAGGCCAAAAGCAAAGGAUUGCAAUUGCUAGGGCCAUGAUAAAAAGCCCUAAAGUCCUCCUCUUGGAUGAGGCCACCAGUGCCUUAGAUGCCCAAUCAGAAGGUGCAGUUCAACAAGCUAUAGAGAAGAUCUCACUUGGCCGUACAACCCUGGUUAUAGCUCAUAGGUUGUCAACAAUAAAAAAUGCUCAUACUAUCAUAGUGAUGGAUCAGGGCUCCAUCAUAGAAACAGGGGAUCACAAUAGACUCAUGGCCAAAAAAGGGGUAUAUUUCAAUCUCAAUAACAUGGCUUCUGAUAAUCUCUCUAAAAACAAUUCCCCAAACAAAACAAAGGAUGCAGCUCCAAAUCUGAUGAAUUAUCAGGAACCCAUUCAAGAAUCCACAUAUUUUCAUGCAUCCAAAUCAGUUUACAAAGAGAGUGUGAUAAUGAAUGCAGAUAAUGAGAAGCCAAAUGGAGGUUUUGCCCUAUCAGAGGUUUGGGAGCUGCAAAAACCAGAGCUUCCCAUGCUAUUUCUAGGGCUUCUGUUGGGAAUUCAUGCAGGUGCAAUACUAUCCAUCUUUCCAUUGAUAUUGGGCCACGCUCUUCAGAUCUAUUUUUCUGGGAGUUCCUCGAAAAUAAAGAGAGAAGUUGGGCUUCUCGCACUAGCUCUAGUUGGACUAGGCUUUGGUUGCAUAAUCACUAUGACCGGGCAACAAGGCUUUUGUGGAUGGGCAGGCACGAAACUCAGUCGAAGAGUUAGAGAUUUGUUUUUCCAGUCGAUUUUCAGGCAAGAACCAGGUUGGUUUGAUUCAGAGGAGAAUUCAAGUGGAGUUCUUGUCUCUCGACUCUCAGCUGAUUGCACAAGCUUUCGAGCAGCUUUAGGAGAUCGAUUCUCUGUGAUUUUAAUGGGAUUAGGGUCUGCAGCUGUGGGUUUAACCAUCUCUUUCAUGAUUAAUUGGAGGUUAUCUCUUUUGGCAACUGCACUAACUCCAUUUACACUUGGUGCAAGUUACUUCAGCUUGAUCAUAAACUUGGGGCCAAAAUUGAGCAAUGAUUCUUAUGCAAAGGCAAGCAACAUAGCCUCAGGUGCAAUCUCAAACAUAAGAACAGUGGCCACUUUCUCAGCCCAAGACACGCUCGUCACCUCAUUUAACAAAGCUUUAUCAGAACCCAUGAAGAAAUCAGUGAGGAGAUCUCAUAUUAUGGGUUUGGCAUUGGGAAUUUCUCAAGGUGCAAUGUAUGGUGCAUACACAUUAACACUAUGGUAUGGAGCUGUUCUGAAUAAGGAAGGGCGCGCUACUUUCGGAGAGGUGUAUAAGAUAUUCUUGAUAUUGGUAUUGAGUUCAUUUUCAGUAGGACAACUAGCCGGUUUGGCCCCCGAUACUUCAGCAGCAGCCGUGGCGAUACCUUCUGUUCUAAGCACUAUUAAAAGGAAGCCAUUAAUAGACACAAGUGAAAGGAGGGGAAAGAGACUUGGUGACUCAAAAUUUAGCAUCGAGUUCAAAAAGGUUUCUUUUGCUUAUCCCUGCAGGCUUGAUGUUGUGGUUUUGAGAGAUUUUAGUUUGAAGGUGAAGGGUGGAAGUAUGGUGGGUUUAGUAGGGGAAAGUGGGAGUGGAAAAUCUACUGUAGUUUGGUUGGUGCAAAGGUUUUAUGAUGCAAAUCAAGGGAAGGUUUUGGUUGGGGGUGUUGAUGUAAGAGAGAUAAAUGUGAGGUGGUUAAGGGGACAAAUGGGUUUGGUGGGUCAAGAGCCUGCACUCUUUUCAGGGACCAUAAGGGAGAAUAUUGCUUUUGGUGAUCCUAGGGCUUCUUGGACUGAGAUUGAGGAGGCUGCCAAAGCAGCCUACAUUCACAUCUUUAUCAGUGGUUUGCCUGAAGGGUAUGAAACACCAGUGGGUGAGAGUGGGGUGCAAUUAUCAGGUGGACAAAAGCAGAGAAUAGCCAUUGCAAGAGCAAUCCUCAAGAAACCAAGGGUACUUUUGCUAGAUGAAGCAAGCAGUGCAUUGGACAUAGAGUCAGAGAAGCAUGUGCAACAAGCCUUGAGGAAGAUCUCAAAGGAUACAACCACCAUUGUGGUGGCUCAUAGGUUGGCCACCAUUAGAGAAGCUGAUAGAAUAGCAGUGGUUCGUGGUGGAACAGUGGUUGAAUUUGGGAGCCAUGAAAGCCUCAUGGCCUCUCACUCGAAUGGGGCAUAUGCUAAUCUAGUUAGGGCCGAGUUGGAAUCCAAUACACUCUCAGGGCCCUAACCCAAGAGUGUAAUCUUGUGCCAUAUGAGAUGAAUCUAAAUCUAGGUGGAUGCUCAUUUUAUCUCUUAAGAGGGCG